AUGAACUCAAAAGGGCACAACGCGCUGGGACAGAUCCGAUUCAUCCAGGCCAAUUUACAGCGCUCCAAACUAGCAACAGCGGAACUGCUAGAGACGGCGACGAGGAAAGGGAUUUCGGUAGCCCUAGUCCAAGAACCAUACGUGGGAAAGACCGGGACACUGAAACAACAACCUGGCACUAGAGUCAUCCAGUGCACUCUGAACCGCCAAAAGCCCGUAAAGGCGGCAAUAAUAGUCUUCGGCGACCAUCUGGAGGUUAUCCAAGACCCCCAGCUGAUCACCGAAACGGAAGCUGCAGCUACACUUAUGGCGGGAACGCUGAAGCUAGGAGCAGUAUCCAUCUACUACGAGGGGGAUCAGGACAUAGACCCAUUUAUUAUGCGCACACAAUCUGCGUGUCAUAAUCUGGGAACUGAAAACCUCGUAGUGGGAGGAGAUGUAAACGCCUGGAGUCCAUGGUGGGGAAGUGACGUGGAGAACCCCAGAGGAGCCGCAUACACCGCCUUCCUAAAUAGCAUGGAUCUCCAGAUCCUAAACACCGGGAGCACACCGACCUUUGAAAUGCACAGAGGAGAUCGACUAUGCACCAGUAUAGUCGACGUCACCGCCUGCAGUGCAUCCCUGCUGGGCAGGAUCCAAGGGUGGAAAGUGGAUCGAAGCAUCACAACAUCGGACCAUAACGCGAUAACCUUUGUCCUCCAGUUGGAAACGGCACUAAAGCCUUUGGAGCCGGUAACAACGCGGAGGUACAACACCAAAAAGGCACGCUGGUCAGACUUCGCCACUCACUUGAGGACCUCCCUAGCAGAAAGCGAGGUAUCACCAAGAAACAUCCAAAAGGUAAAUACCCCGGAGGAACUGGAGAUUAUGACUGUUAAUUAUGUAAACAUAAUUCAGGAGGCAUGUGAGCAGGCUAUUCCUAAACUAGGGUCAGUAAAGAAAAGCACUAUCCCGCCAUGGUGGUCAAAAGAUCUCGAAACAGCCAAAGCGGAGGUGAAGAGGAAAAAAAGACGAAUAAGGAACGCAGCCCCAGAGCGGCGCCAGUCAGUAGUCAACGAGUACGUAGAGGCCAAACAAAAAUACACAGAAAAGGCAAACUGUGCUGCGACUGAGAGCUGGAAGGAAUUCUGCAACAAACAGGAGAGAGAGAGCAUGUGGGACGGUGUGUACAGAGUCAUCCGGAAAACAGCCGGAAGACAUGAAGAUACGCUACUCAGGGAUACUGGAGGGAGGACACUGAGCCCAGCAGGCUCGGCAGAACUCCUCGCAAACACCUUUUAUCCCGAGGACGCAAUAUCCACCGACACACCGUACCAUAAGCACCUCAGAGAACUCACGAAGGGUAACCAGGUAUGGGAGGUAGAAAGCCUGUCUGAGGACGACCCGCCAUUUACAACGGCAGAGUUGGACUCGGUCCUGAGGGGACUGAAUCCAAAAAAGGCCCCAGGACCGGACGGACUCACCUCAGACAUCUGCACCAACGCUAUCCACUGUAACAGGGAGGUGUUUAUGGCAAUAGCAAACAAAUGCUUGUCGCUGUCGCACUUCCCUAAGCAGUGGAAAAUAGCCCACGUGGUCAUACUCCAAAAACCUGGUAAAGAAGACUACACCCACCCAAAAUCAUAUAGACCAAUCGGCCUACUAUCAGUACUUGGCAAGAUUGUCGAAAAGAUGAUGGUAGGACGCCUACAAUGGAGGAUCUUUCCAACUCUCAGCAGAGCACAAUACGGUUUUAUGCCACAGCGUGGCACCGAGGACGCUCUCUAUGACCUAGUGAAUAGAAUACGAUCAGAAGUAAAACAAAAGAAGAUCGCCAUUAUGAUUUCACUGGACAUAGAGGGCGCUUUCGAUAACGCGUGGUGGCCAGCCUUAAAAUACCAACUCGCAACCAGGAAAUGCCCCAAAAACUUAUACAAAAUGGUAAGCUCAUACCUCACAGACCGUAAGAUCAAGGUCAGUUACGCCAGAGCAGAGCACGAGAGGAGCACCACGAAGGGAUGUGUCCAAGGAUCAAUAGCUGGACCGACCUUCUGGAAUCUGCUUCUAGACUCACUGCUUGUUAAACUGGCGGACGAUGGGGUAUAUUGUCAGGCGUUUGCGGACGAUGUAGUCCUGCUAUUCUCAGGACACGAGAUCGAAAGUCUGGAAAACAAGGCGAAUACCAUCCUAGCCGGAGUAGUGGACUGGGGGAUACGCAACAAACUGAACUUUGCUGCGCACAAGACCAGCGCCAUGGUAAUAACCAAAAAGCUAAAGGUCAGACCCCCAGAACUCUACAUGUCCAAUAACAGACUAGAAAUCGUGUCUGAAACGAAACUCCUGGGCCUCAGGAUAGACGAUAAACUGACCUUCAAAUCACAUGUUGCUGCGGUAUGCAAAAAGACCGCAGAUAUAUACAAACAACUGGCAUGUGCAGCUAAGGUCACCUGGGGUCUAAACACGGAGAUAAUCAGAACCAUCUAUGUUGCGGUGAUCGAACCCAUAGUGCUGUAUGCUUCCAGUGCCUGGUACCCGGCAGCGGAGCUCCAAAUGAUCAAGAGCUUGCUGGACACCAUACAAAGGGGCUACGCGCAGAAGAUCUGCAAAGCAUACCGCACGGUCUCGCUCACAUCAGCACUGGUUCUGUCAGGACUGCUUCCGCUUGACAUAAGAAUCCAGGAAGCCGCAAAUCUCUAUCUUGCCAAGAAAAACAUCACACGGGACUACUUACCACCUGGAGGGGAGCUAGAGCAAUGGUUGCACUAUCUGGAAAGACCGCAUCCAUCAAAACUUAAACCAACCGAGUUUGAGCUCUUGGAAAAGCUGGAUACCGAAACCAUGGACUCGCGCCACAUCACUGGACCUCAAAUCUUUACUGACGGUAGUAAGAUUGGGGGCAAGGUGGGAGCCGCUUUGUCAUGGUGGGAAAACGGUAAAGAAACAGCAAAUGCAACCUUCCAACUAGAUCCCGCCUGCACCGUUUUCCAAGCAGAACUUUACGCACUUUACAGGGCGGCUCAGCAAGCACACCAAAGUGGUCACCCAGUAACCAACAUCAUGAGUGAUUCAAAAUCCUCGCUUGAGUUGCUGGAAAACCCGAAGCUGACACACCCCCUGGUAAAAGCUGUAAGGGAAAUUGUGGAGGAUGCAAGAAUGGAGAAUAAGGAAAUUCGGCUACACUGGAUAAGAGCACACGUGGGAACACCUGGAAACGAGAGAGCCGACGAACUAGCCAAAGAGGCAGCUCUAAAAACAGGCCACAGUGUCGACUACAACAAAAUUCCUCUGUCACAUGUAAAAAGGAAAAUCCGCGAAGAAUCUGUGAAGAAGUGGCAGGCUAGGUACAGCACCUCACAAACCGGGCGGGUCACGAAAAUGUUUUUCCCAGACGUAGGGAAAGCCUACGGCAUACUCAGGAAAACGAAAAUGACCCCGGUGCUGUGCCAAGCCUUCACUGGUCACGGCGGCUUGGCGGAAUACCUUUAUCGCUUUAGGCUAAAAGAUAGCCCAGCCUGCGAAUGUGACCCAAACGAAACAGAAACUGUCGAACACCUUAUAGCAGAAUGCCCAAGAUUCUCGAACCAUCGCUACGAGCUCGAACAUCAAAUCGAUCGGGAAAUCUCAACCAGAAACUUCCACGAUCUCGUAGCGGAUCCAGAGAGAAGACCAGACUUCCUGAGGUAUGUGGAGAAGAUCUUCCUCAUUGCCAUCAGGAGAAACAGCAACCCGACGCCGCCAAGCCCAGACUUGAGCAGGACCACCCAGGCCCCGUUACCCCAACAACCCUGCCCGGUGCAGGAAAUGCCUAUUAGGCAGCUCUUGCUAAUGGCAGAAAGGGGAAAUCCGGGGUUAAGAACCCGUGGUGUGGCACUGUUCAUGGAUAACAGCUUUGAGAGAUUGGGGAUAGGCUUCUGCAUCGCGAACGACUCGAGCAGGGUGAUGAUAUCGCCAGGACUCGCAGCGCUAGCGAACGGAAGCACUUCCAAAAACACAAUUCGACGCAAAAUCUAUGAAGCCCUGCCAGAAGUUACAGUAGCUCAACAACCCUGUAGAAUAUUGCGCACAAAGAACAAAGUUGUCGCAAUAUUCAACUGGAAUCUACUGGAACCACCAUUUGCCAGGGCCAGCUCAGUACUAACAUCAUUCUGCAGCACGGGCGACACACCUGCCCGAAUAAUUAGCGUCGACGCCAUGGCGGUGGGUUAUACCAAAGGAACAAUAGAGGACUACAUUGGUUGCAUAGACGCAUCGAAAAAGCACCAGGUAGUUGUCUACGAAAACAGGGGAGAGGACCUUAGUUACCUCAAACCCAGGAAAAAACCCAGCGAAACACCUGACUGGGAAAAUGUUCCACCCACCAUCAUGGUUACUCAGGAGCGGAAAAGCGGCGCGGAACAGCUGACACAAAAGUGGCAGGAGGCCGAGAAAACUCAAGGGGAGUCCUCCCAGACAACCUCUGCGCCGACACGUGCCUUUAAAACAGCCAUCAGCACGUUCAAAUCGGCAAUAGCAAGCAUGUCUGGCGAAAAAUCAAAAAAGAGAGCCGAGUCAAUGACGCAAGAGGUGGGCAGUGCACUGGCCGCUUUCUUGAAGCCCAGGCCACAGCCCAAAACUUCACCCAGCGACAAACGGACUAACGCCGAAAAAGGCCUGGUCGAACCGCCGACCCUCGGAGUCGUAGUAACACCAAUGGACCACAUCACGAAUGCAUUCUUGGAGUUCAUGGCUCUCAUCAAAGCUGAGCUAGAGGUCAGCCGGAAGACCUGCCAUGACAUCCUGCAGGCCUACAAACAUCAAAACACUGGCCUCUUGACGGUGAGACUCCAGGAAGCUGAAGCGGUUAUUUACGACAACGGACGACGGCAAACUCUACAUGGAAAUGUAGAAAAACUCGACCACAUGGCCGCAUACAGCGCAAUAGCAGGUUUUGUCGAGGUGGACGAAGAGGCGGAAGCAGAAGACAAUAAGCCGCGGUUCAAAACACCAUCCACCGACCAAAUAGUUGUCCUGGCAAAAUGCACCAACAUAAUGCUGGGACAGAGAAUCCUCGAACAAGGCAAUAGGAUAGCGAAGGACGAGAGGGAGCCCCUGAAAUCCUGGAAAGCACCCAAAAUCACCUGGGUAAACGGAGUUCCUGGCUGUGGGAAGACCACCUGGAUAGUGAGGAACUUCGAGAUAAAUCGUGACGUGGUUCUAACAGCAACCACGGAGGCCAAAAAGGACUUGAAGGAGAAGCUGCAGGCAAAGUACGGAGAGGCAUCAACACUCAAAGUCCGCACCAUGGCAUCGGUCUUGGUAAAUGGAUUCAAAGAGCAAAGCGAGAGGCACUGCGAGCGCCUCAUCGUGGAUGAAGCUCUCAUGAGCCACCCAGGAUCGAUAAUCAUGGCCGCGAAACUUGCCCAUGCCAGCGAAAUGCUCAUUAUUGGCGACGAAAACCAGGUGCCCUUCAUCGACCGUAGUAACGCUUUCUCAUUAAAGUACUCCCGCCCUAGCGUAUUCCUCACUAUCAACAAACAACUGUUGUGUACGCACAGAAACCCCAUGGACGUGGCGUAUGCGCUCAACGAAGUGUAUGAUGGCAUAUACUCGUCCAACGUUCGGAUACAGUCCCUGACCCUGAAGGACUACACUGGUGCCGAGAUUCCUAAAGAGACAAUUAACACCUUGUACCUUACCCAUACCCAAAAAGAAAAGGCUCUCUUGAAGUCCUUGGGAUAUGGAACGGGAGAGGGAUCACGAGUGAACACCAUCCACGAGGCCCAGGGUCUGACAUCCGAAUAUGUGGUGAUAGUGCGCACUACGGCCAAAAAGUCGCGUAUCCACGACGAAAUUCCCCACGCGAUUGUUGCGGUGUCACGGCACACCAUCAGCUGUAUAUACUACACCGACGACAACACCGACGCAAUCGCGAAAUUCCUCCUGAGGGUCAGAAGAGUAAAAGCAGCAGACAUACGCGAAUACAAUAUUAAGAUGGCCCUCCACGACGGGAAUGAGACGCUGGCAAGGAGAAUAAUGAGUGAGACUACGAUGGUAAAAUCAUCGUAG